AUGAGGAAUUCAAUAAUUAAGACAAAAUUAUUAUCCCUUGAGCGCGGUGGAGCCCAAAACGUCCUUGCGAACAAAGGUCGUGGAUUAAUUAAUGCAUCUAAUGAAAUUUCUAACAACUCUAAGAACAAAGACCCUAGCCAGGAUAAUAAUGUAUUUAAUAUAAUAGAUGAUUCCUUUGGUUUUACCAACGAGUUACCUACUAUUAUGAAUAAGAAUCAGUUAAGCUCAACUAUUAUUGAAAUUCCUCCGUCCAAUGAUGAAGAUCAACAUGAUAAUUUGACAAACGCCACUGUAAUUGUAGAUCAAUUAACGAGCACCUUACUAGCAUACACCAAAGAUGCACCUCCGAGUAAACAACAAGGAAUUAUUAAUGCGCAUAGAAAUAGAAUACCUAUUUCAAGAUUGCAAACACAGCCGUCUAAUGAGCAGAUUCCUAAAAGCACUAUUCCUUGCCCUUUUCUCUCGCGGCGGGGCUGGUGUAUUUAG